UCUUCCAGUGGCAAACGUUUCAUAUCUGUGCUGGCGAAGGCUUGGUUUAUGAAUAAUUAAUAAUCUCGCCUUCUUGCCUUCACUAUAGUAGGAUUCAUAAUUUCGCUGUCAGCCCUGUGGACCAUGAUGAGGCAGAGCGAGUGGAUCCAGCAUGUUUCUAUUUUUUGCCUUCCCUUUGACUCGGGAAGUAGUCGCGCAAAAUAACGGUGCAAGCCAUAAUCAAGAGAUAAUUCAUACCGCAAUAAAGUGCUGGUGAUGGCAGUGCGGCCCCCUGCGUGCGUGAUUGACUGCGGGACAGGGUACACCAAGAUUGGUUAUGCAGGAAACACGGAGCCCCAGUUCAUCAUGCCAUCCUGUAUUUCGAUCAGAGAGACAGCCAGUGUUGGAGAUCAGGCACAGAGACGUCUCAUGAAAGGGGUGGAUGACCUCGAUUUCUUCAUUGGAGAUGAAGCCAUUGAUAAGCCCAACUAUGCAACCAAGUGGCCCAUCAGACAUGGGAUUGUUGAAGAUUGGGACCUCAUGGAGAAGUUCAUGGAGCAGGUCAUAUUUAAAUAUCUCAGAGCUGAACCAGAGGACCACAACUUCUUGAUGACAGAACCUCCUCUGAAUACCCCAGAGAACCGGGAAUAUUUAGCUGAGAUCAUGUUUGAAACGUUCAACGUCCCAGGACUAUAUAUUGCUGUUCAGGCUGUUUUGGCAUUGGCUGCAUCGUGGACUUCAAGACAGGUUGGAGAACGAACACUAACAGGAAUCGUGAUUGAUAGUGGUGAUGGGGUUACUCAUGCUAUACCAGUGGCAGAAGGUUAUGUGAUUGGCAGCUGUAUAAAGCACAUCCCUAUAGCAGGCAGAGACAUCACCUACUUCAUUCAACAGCUGCUAAGAGAGAGAGAGAUCGGCAUUCCUCCAGAACAAUCACUGGAGACUGCAAAAGCUGUUAAAGAAAGAUAUUGCUACAUCUGUCCAGACAUAGUGAAGGAAUUCACCAAAUAUGACAUGGACCCUGGCAAAUGGAUAAAAAAGUACAAAGGAAUCAAUGCUAUCAGCAAAAAUGAAUUUCAAAUAGAUGUUGGAUAUGAGCGUUUUCUGGGACCAGAGAUAUUUUUUCACCCCGAGUUUGCCAACCCAGACUUCAUGCAGCCAAUCUCAGAUGUAGUGGAUGAAGUCAUUCAGAACUGCCCUAUCGAUGUCAGAAGACCACUUUACAAGAACACAAAAGAAGAUAUUUUGCAGAAUGUUUCUAACCAAACAGUUUUGGUGGCCAUUGAUUGCCACUGUAUGGAGAAAAAAACCCCAGAAACAACAACAACAACAACAACAAAAACCCUCUUUUUCCAAAUAUCUUCUUUUAUGUUCCACAAAACGAAAGAAUGUCAUACAGAUUUGAAAUGACACGAGGGUGAGUAAAUUAUGAACUAUCCCUUUAAUACCAAAAUAGAUACAGUGGAUUUAGACAACUAGAAUUUCCUAUUACAUUAUAUAAUACAAGAGGAGGGGAUUGUAAAUUUACCCUUUCACAUUUAUUUGAUUAUUCAGGAUUAUUCAACUUAAGUGGAAUGGAGUGUUAAACUCCAGCGAGCACUUAUACUUGUAUCCUAGUAAAUUUGCAUUACAUUAAGAGAAAUUACAUUGCUCUAUCAAAUAUAGCUAUAGAUCAGCACAACUUCUGGCUUUUCAGUAAGUUUGUUAGCACCGACCCUGUACAUUACAGUGUUCAGACUUCACUUUCAAGCUGACCAGUGAAUGAGAAAUUACAUUUGCACUAAUAUAGGCCAGCAACAAACAUGAUAUAGACAUAUUUAUGACGUCCAAUUUGAUUAUAUUCAAACUGAAACUCAUGGUGUUUUCCUCUCUUUCCAAAGUCCUUAUUGGAGCAAGUUGACUUUAUCCUAUUAACACUCCCUGAGCAGCAGAUUCUUUUUUCUUUUUUUUAGUCAUGCAGAUACAGCUUUUGUCUGCUUGUGAAUAAUGAAAAAAUACAACUCUAUACCGUUUGUCAAAAAGUUGUUUCCAAAACAUCAAUUUCACCAAUAAAAUCAGACUACAAGGUUUCUUUUUGCUAAAAUCACAGUAAACCUGUGAAUCUGUAGCUCAAAUAGUAGAGCAUGGCGCUAGCAACGCCAAGAUCAUGGGUUCGAUUCCCAGGGAAAGCAAGAGCUGAUAAAAUGUAAAAACUGUAACUUGAAUGCAAUGUAAGUCGCUUUGGAUAAAAGCGUCUGCUAAAUGCAUAAAUGUAAAAUGUAAACCUAGAGUGACUGAAAAGUGAUUGGUAUUAAUUAAAAGAUGUCUUUUCAUUUGCGUUUUUUUCCUCCCCUACUGUCUAUUAUUUUAACUAAAAAAGAUUAAUGGGAGCCCAGUACACAUCCAUAUAUACUGAGGCAAAAAAUAAGAGGAAACAGAAUUGUGGAUGUUUCAAUGACUGAAUAUUGCUUUUGCUUGGGAUCAGUUCAUUUAUUUGUCCAGCAGGGGUCAGUGUUUAUCCACUGAGUUCACAAUUACUCUCCACUCUGUAGAAUAGAGAGUCGCUUUAACUGAUCUCUGCAAAUGGGAUGAACAACUCUGAAAUAACCUCAGUAUCCAUUUCUAUAUCUCACAACUAGCAGCCUGACUGAAUAAAUAGCGUCUUGACAAAUUCAAUUAUGCACACUGAUAAUUAGGGCGCAUCUAUAUCACAGAGUGCUGAAAUGAUUCCUAUUCAUUUGCCUUCAAAACAAACUUCACUCUGGACUAUACUGAAGGAAUUGGAUAUUAAAUGGAAAGUGCUUUGAUGCUCUUUUAGCUUUAUUUUCUUUUUCUGCCAAGAUUUCUUGAGGUGUAAAAAUCUUGGCAGCAUAUGCAAACUAGGCCUCUGAACAGUGAUUGGUUCAUCUAGAUUUGUAUCUAGAACUGACAUCAGGUAUCUGUAUCUAAAGCUGAAUGCAUUACAGUAUUGUGUUACUUAAUUUAAAAAGUAACUUCUUUACGGUUUUGCGUUGUUACUUAUUUUUAAUUAUCAGGUUAUUUUUGCAUUACUGCCAGCUGACUAGAAUGAAAGUGUUGUGCUUGCCAUACCAACAUAGUUUACAAAGGAAGUGCUUUUUUUUUUUUUUUUUGCUGCGAACGUGUAUAUCUAUAUUUUACAUGCACUAGCAUUUAGGCUACAUCACGAAAACUUGCUCACCAAUUGUCUUGACAACUGAAAAAUUUAUGGCAGUCCAACCUGUGAGCCAGUUCUGUUCUUUUUUCUGCUACAGGAUUAUUGGAUUUAUUUUCAUUUGGCAGCAAAGAUUUAGAAGUUUUUUAAAAACAAAAGUUUCAGAGUGGGCUGAAGGACAACUUCGACAAUAGAGAACUAAAAUACCCAUUAUGCGCGCACACACACAAUAACAACUGCAUUCAAACCUUAAUAUACCCAUAUUUCUCCCAGCAUGGACAAAGGGGAGGUUUUCAGUUGUGUUUAUUGUUUUGGACAGCUACAGAAUAAAACAUGAAACUUAAUUCUCAAACCAUUUAUUCAUCAAGAAUUGAUUGGAUUGUGAAAAGGUGCUUGCAGGAGAAAGACCCAGGGUUUGCAUGUAGAAUACUGUAAUUGGCUAGGUUGUCUUUAUAAGCAUUGGAAAUAGGUUAGUACAUGACGUAGAACUGAGUACAUGGAUUGAUUGUGCAGAUAUUUACUAUUGAAAUCUGUGAACUGUAAAAGCUGCAUAAUGUCAGAAAGCUUUCAUGAUACCUGAGGGGAAAAAAGACAUUCACAUCUUGCAGUGGCCCUAGUAAGAUUGUUUUACACAACUUUAAGCAAAGGUAGUCAUGCAGAGGACCUUACAAAAUGUAAAAACAAAAUGUAUUAAGGGACAGCUCAGUAAAGGUUGCUUUGUGCCUGCUCAAAAUUCAGUGUAAAGACAUAAUGCUGCAUAAAAGCUACACCAAAUUAUGCCUUCUCUGACCCACCUCAGCUGCUAGAAUACAAUUAUGCAAUUUUAAUUGCACUGUCAGUGUAUUUAUUCCACCUCUGAACAGCAUUGAAUAGUAAAGAAACCUAAAUGCCACUUCAGAAGCACUUCCUGUGCCACCCUUGCAGUGUAAAUUUGACAUUAUUUGAUUAUCCUCAGCUGGAAGGUUAAGUCUUCAGGUAUAAAAUAUGAAUUAUAGAUUAAAUGAAUUAUGUGCAUCUUUAUAUCACCGAAGAACAGAGGGCAAGGUGCAUGUUAGUAUGCACAUCUCUUACCAUGCAGUGGAGAUUAAAAGCUGUUCACCUCAGUGAAAGGGUCCACUGCCACGGUCCAUCCACCCUUUAAACUCAUCAUCAAAAAAGAUGGAAGAAGCCAGCCUUUUAUUUCCUAGAUGAAACCAGCAUUUCCUAAUCCAAGUAGUGGGAUAUCUCCUCAAGUUCGUUAAAUAAGAAUUGAACCCUGAAACCUGUAAUGAAACACACAUCUCCUGCAGAUACCCAGUUAUAAGCUGACCUCAGUCAGCCCAUGGUCAUUUAUUCUCAGCAUGCAACUCUACUGGCCUUGUCAGUGUCUGCGGGAAAAAUAAAAAAUAAAAAAAAGUAACAGUAGCUUAUUACAAAAGCACAAAGGAAAAAAUGCAAUAUUUUGCUUUUAUUUUUUAUUGAAACAUUCUGUGGACUGGAGGAUUUAUUUAAUAAGUGGGCAAAAUCUAAAUGGAUUACUUGUUUCCACAUUAUUGCAUUUUACCCAAAGAUGUUUCCUUUAAUUUCAGUGAUUUAAUAUCUGUAAUGUUGUGGAUUUUAUUUUGAUUUAUUUAUUUGUUUAAAUUAAGUUUUACUCCUUAUAUACAGCACAUGGACAGUGGAGUGGUAAUGCUUUGUCCUUGUCACGAAAAUUAGUCCGUUCAAACAGAAGCAAAUUUGCGUAUGUUUAUAGAUGCCUUUGCAUUAGUUUUUCCAUGAAUUAUAUAUUUGUGCACUACAUUUUUUUUUUUUUGGGUGAACAUAAUAGAACGGCAUUUAUUUCAGAAUUGUGUGUG